UGAUGGCGGCUGUGCUAAUUCUGACAGCCCUUUCAAGUUAUCAUUGAUCUCAUCGUUAAAAUUGAACUUAGAGAGUGGAAACUAAAACUAAAAGAUCAUAGGAAUGCCGACUGUUGAUAAACAAGGGAAAUAUGAGGUAGAUAGACAAGAAAGAGAGGUAAACAAUGAGAUGACAUCUGAACCACAAAGUGGUCAAAAUGUCAGCUGGUGUCUGAAAAAGUCGUCGAUAGAGAGGUCGGCGUUCAGCGAAACAGAUCUAAAAGAAAAACUGGCUGCAAAAGAGGAAGGUAUUUCUGCUAAAGGAAAAGUUGCGAGUCAUUAUUCCGAAAGCGAUAUAGAGCUGGCAAGGUUAGAUGUUCCCCUAUUCGAGGACUCAAGAUCAGAAAUUAGUGGAGGCUCUGGUCUGGCCAUUGUACCUUAUUUUGAUGGCAGAAGUUUCAUUUCUCAAGAGAGUGGACAAGAUCUUGUCCCUGUUCAUCAUGAAGCAGUUUCAGCAGAGGAUCAUGACAAGGACAAAUUGGAACAUGAAGGAAAAGACAUUGUACCUUCACUCUCAGAGGGAUGGCCACAAUUUACAAACAGAUCAUGGCGACGCAGAAGCUGUGAGCUUGUGAAAAGCACAUCUUCAUGUGUUAGGAAAGCAGUUUCCCAUCUACAUAAACUGCAAGACCUGAUUGAUGCUGUCUACAUGAGUGAUCUUCAAAAUGAAAAGGAUAAAUUUAGCAAGCAAAGAUCCUUUGUAUUAUCAGACCUAGAUGCUAAGGAUAAAGAAGAACUCUUAGAAAGUCAGGGUCUUCCUGAGGAUUCAACCCAUUUAUCCUCAGCCAGUAGCCAUGGUAGACGCAUUCGCUGGCUGCUCAGCUCAGCAUCCCUUGGUAACGUUGGGGAGGAAAUGACAUCUGUAGAACCAAGGCUGGAGUCUUCCGCCAGUGGUGCUACUCUAGAGGUAAGAGGAAGAAGUGCUGGAAUAGUAAGAAGUAAGGUGUCAAGUCCAAAGUCUGCUGCUGGUGAGAUUGUUACUAAGGAAUAUGAUGUCAUUGAAGAGGUUAUAACAUUACUAGGGAGGAUGGAAAGUGACAGACUUUCAACUCAAGAUGGCUUAGUGAAAGAAAGAGAACGAGUGCAAUUCCUAAGAAAUGAGAUUGAUGCCCAGGCAUACAAGCGAAUGCAUGAUCUUCCUUUGGCUGUACAAAGGGAGCAUGAAGCCUGUGCCAUUGAUAUAAAUGAGCUAAGAUGGCAUUGUGCUUAUCAAGGCAGAAUUGAAGCCAGGAUAAAAGAAAGGGUGCAUCAUGCAGAAGUUAGACAUACAAAGGUUUUGCAAGAUCUGAGCAAUAUACAGAAACACUGUCCUUUGGUUGAAGAGAAACUUGAUCUAGAAGGUGAAGCAAUGUCGAGUAUACAACUUAAACAAGAUGAAACCGAUGAAGAAUUAAGUAACACUCUUGAUAGACUUGAAGCUACAGAAAGAAAAACAGCAGAAGCACAAGGAAAAGCUACACAAGAAAGAGCUCUAAUAAAACAAGAGGUUGAUGUCGUACGUAAUGAACUCAAUGUGGUCAGUGAUAAACUGGCUCAGUUAAAGAUGUACUAUACGUCCAACACACAUACCAUGAAUGACAUGAGAAACACCCUUGCAGAAAAUGCAGAGCAGCUUGUAGUCCUGGGGGGAAGAGAAGAAAGAAUUAAGGCCUUGGAAGCAACUCAGCAAGAUAAGGUUCAAAGACUUCGAGAGAAAAUUGUAGAACAAGAAGCAGAGCAUAUAAAGCUUGUGGAGGAGAAUAAUAACUUGAAGACAGAGAAGCAAUUAACACAAGCGUCUAUGGAAAGCGAAAACAGCAAGUUGGAGCUUGAAAUCAAGAAUGCUUCCAAACAACUGAAGGACUUAACGACAAGAAUCAAAGAAACCAAAGCUGAAAAUAACAAGCUGAACGUGAAGCUGGACAAAUGCGCGAAACAAAAAAUUGCGGAUGAAAAGGCUGUGAUGAGAGCACAACAAGAAAUGGAGAAAAUUGAAGAGCAGAUGGAGGUUUCCAAGGAAGAGACAAAUAAAGUUGAAGUACUUCAUGAGAACCUUUCUGAAAGUCUGGUUGUAAAGAAAGAAGAGGUCAUGGGUGUUGAAGAAUCACUAAAGACUACUGCUGAUGCGCUCAAGAAACAACUUAAGGACGAAGCUCAUGCAAGGACCGUUCUACAGGCAAGAAUCACAUCAGACUCACAGGACCUUGCCAAGACACACGUUGACUCCAAAAAGAAACGGGAAAAAGCUACUCAGCGGGCAGAGGAAAUGGUAAUGCUUGUUGAUCACGUGAGAGACCAGGUUUCAAAACUGGAAAAGAUUCAUAAUGAGAGACUAGAGACCAUUGCACAACUUAACAAGAUUUUGGACAAAGUGAAACAACAACACAACGAUAUGGAAUCGAAACUCCAGGGUGAAAUCUCUGAGUUGCGCCCGAAAGAAGAGGAAUUGAAGAAAGAAACCAUGGAAUUAACCAAACGUUUGGAUCACAUCACUUGGAAAUCCGAGAUGAUGGAGAAGAAAAUGGCGGACAUGGAGUCGUCCUCACAAAUGAUGAACAAAGUUAUCGCCACAACUCAAGAGAAUAUAAAUGAUCUGAACGAGGAAAUGACUGAAUUAAAGAUUCAAAUAGAGACAGGAUUUGAAACUGAGCAAGACUUAAAGAAAUCACUCCAACAACUUGAAGGGAGGAUCAAUCGAAGCAAAGAUAGUCACGAGAAGCAUAUGGAAGAAAGGAAGCAGUUGCUAACAACCAAUCAGAGAGGUGUAAGAUCAGCCCUGGGUGAAAACAAGAAACUGGCAAUAGUUUACCAAAGGUCCCAAAACACCUUGUUGAAUAACAGAGCUGCUUUGCUGAGGCUUGUCGAGAGAAGAGUUAUCAAUGAAGACAGCUUGAAAGAUCACAGAGAGCUGUCUGUUCUACAAGGCCGCAUGCGCCAAGCCUUAGAGUACUUCUACCGUCUUCGUGGCUUACAAAGUAAAGCGGACAUAGCCGAUUUCGAAUUGAGAUGUAUCGAAAAUGGAGAUAAACUUACAACCUUGCAGUCUGAAAUGAUGAGGGUCAUCGAACAUAUAAACCGUUUUCUGGAAGCCAACAAUGCCGCACAUGAUGUAAUCUCGAUGGAAGCUGCAAAAAUCGCGCAAACACCGACGAGUGACGCCGUUGUCGCCUAGGAAGAACAUGACUAAAACCAGGCCAUUAAAAAACAAAACGUUUUGUUUUCUUUAAUAAAAGACCUCCUACUUUCCACAGACUGACAGACGCGUGCAAAACUUUAAGUUUAAGAGAAGUAAAUCAUUUGUACUUCAAGCACUUAAAAAGACAAACGAGUCUCGUCAUAAAUAACUUGUUAUCCCAAAGGCAAAAUUUUUUUAUUUCAGUAACAGAAGUAGAAAUCAAGUCUCCAAAAGGUUCAGACAAACUGUGUGUUUUGUUUGUCUUACCUCAUCACCAUCGCGUUUGAUUGAUUGCUUGUGUGUCAGUUUGUUAGGCAUGCAAAGUGUUUUUGAAAUGCUUUAUUGUAUAUAAAAUGAUAUAAUAUUGUGUAUAUGUUAAAUAUCUUGAUACGAAAAAAACGUUUUCUUUGUUUUAAAAAACUAAAAUGUAAAAGAAAAAAGAUUUAAUAAAGGCUAUUUGAAGUUA